AUGCGUCGUGGAUUCACAUCUGCAGCCAGGGCUUUGCUACAGUUCCUCUGGAAUGGGACUUCUGCACACCCUGAGUACGAGACCAUGCUGACCGACAAACUUCGAAAGAACUCGAAACUAUCCAAAGCUGAUAAAGUCGAGUUUGCAGGUGGUCCUCAUACCUCUCCCGCAGACCCAAAAUUGCGCGCUUCCGGUCAGAUCUAUGAGGGAGCAAAUCGCCUUACUUCAGUGCAUAUUUAUGACGAUGGGACAGUCACCUACUCGAAGAAGAGCUAUAAUGAUGCCCAGGAAUAA